CUCGCCGGACUGGCGUGGUAGGGUUUAUGUCUUAAAACCCCAACCCUUCUUUCCUGGGCGGCCGGAAAGGAGUCUCUCUCUCUCUCUCUCGCUCGCUCUCUCUCUCUCUCACAGUCCGGUGGCAAUGGCGGAGCUGAAGUUGUCGGAGAUGAGGGAUUUGACGCGGGUGGAGCGCAUUGGCGCCCACUCCCAUAUCAGAGGCCUCGGUCUUGACGACGCCCUGGAGCCCCGCGGCGCCUCCGAAGGGAUGGUGGGGCAGCAUACCGCUCGCAAGGCCGCCGGCGUCAUCCUCCAAAUGAUCCGCGAUGGAAAGAUCGCUGGCCGCGCCGUUCUCCUUGCUGGGCAGCCUGGCACCGGCAAGACGGCCAUUGCCAUGGGCAUGGCCAAGGCGCUCGGCCACGAGACCCCGUUCGCCAUGCUAUCCGGCAGCGAGCUAUAUUCCCUGGAGAUGAGCAAAACUGAGGCCCUAAUGCAGUCCUUUCGCCGAGCCAUUGGUGUCCGCAUUAAGGAGGAGACUGAGAUAAUAGAAGGCGAGGUUGUCGAGCUCCAGAUUGACCGCCCUGCUGUCGCCGGCGCGGCCUCCAAGACUGGCAAGCUCACCCUCAAGACCACCGAGAUGGAGACCGUCUACGAUCUGGGAGCCAAGAUGAUCGAGGCGCUCAACAAGGAGAAGGUUCAGAGUGGCGAUGUCGUCGUCAUUGACAAGUCGUCCGGGAAGAUUACCAAGCUCGGCAGGUCGUUCGCGAGGUCGAAGGACUACGAUGCCAUGGGUCCUCAUACUAAAUUCGUUCAGUGUCCCGACGGCGAACUCCAGAAGCGUAAAGAGGUCGUACACUGCGUUACCCUCCAUGAGAUCGAUGUUAUCAACAGCAGAACACAGGGAUUCCUAGCCUUGUUCACUGGUGACACCGGUGAGAUCCGUACUGAGGUGCGGGAGCAGAUCGAUACCAAGGUUGCAGAAUGGAGAGAGGAAGGAAAGGCUGAAAUCAUCCCGGGUGUUCUGUUCAUAGAUGAGGUUCACAUGCUCGACAUUGAAUGUUUUUCCUUUCUCAACCGGGCUUUGGAAAAUGAAAUGGCACCCAUAUUGGUCGUUGCUACCAACAGAGGAAUUACAACCAUCAGGGGCACAAAUUACAAGUCCCCACACGGUAUUCCUAUUGAUUUUCUUGAUCGAUUGCUGAUCAUUACAACCCAGCCAUAUACAGAGGACGAGAUAAGAAAGAUCAUUGACAUUCGAAGUCAAGAGGAGGACGUUGACAUGUCUGAGGAUGCCAAAGUUCUGUUAACAAAAAUUGGUAUUGAGACAUCUUUGAGGUAUGCGAUUAACUUGAUCACUUCUGCCUCCUUGGCCUGCCAGAAGCGCAAAGGGAAAGUCGUGGAAAUGGAAGACAUUAGCAGGGUGUAUCAAUUGUUCCUCGAUGUGAAAAGGUCAACCCAAUACCUGAUGGAGUAUCAGAGCGAAUACAUGUUCAGUGAAGUACCAGGAGAGGCUGAGGAAGAUGAGGCAAUGCAGACUUGAUUGGUUCUCACUCUCCAUAAUGAUUUGAGGCAUCUGCUUGUGAGGAUGAAAAAUGUUCAUCAGUUUUUGCACGGAAAAUUAAUUUUAUCACCAGGAUAGCAGCCAGUGUAAAAAGCUGCUUGGAUCCUCUCAAAAGUCAAAAGUGAUCAAAUGCCUAUUGUGAAUCCUUUUUGUAUUGUUACGCCUUGGAUGCGUAUAUGCCUUUGGGAGACGUCUAUUUGCAAAAUUUGCAUAUAUUUCUUGUAUACUUCUUUGGACGGUAAAAUGGUAUUUUAGGAAUUUAACUGUUUGACAGAAAUGAAGUUGUAGAUGUAAGUUAGCCAUGGAAUGUAUAUGUGCUUUAUUAUUAUUA